AUGUCGAAUCUCGCCACACUAGACGCCUCGCAACACCCCUAUCUGCCGGCAUCGUCGCAGACCCUCUUUGCUGCCAAGGCGCAGAAGAAGCUCAGCUUCGAGGACAUCUCCAAGCAGAUCGGGCGCAACGAGGUAGCCACGGCAGCCAUCUUCUAUGGCCAGGCCAAAGCCUCGCCGGAGGACAUCGCAAGCCUGUCCAAGGCGCUCGACAUUCCGCAUGAUCUGCUCGAGCAGCAGCUCAGUGGCUUUCCGGAUCGUGGACGGUCGGUAGAGAUGCCGCCGCGCGAACCGCUCAUUUACCGGCUGUAUGAGAUUGUGCAGAACUAUGGGUAUGCGUACAAGGCCGUGCUCAAUGAGAAAUUCGGCGAUGGCAUUAUGAGCGCCAUUUCGUUCUCAACUAAGGUUGAGAAGGAGACUGAUGCGGAUGGCAAUAAUUGGGCUGUCAUUACCUUGCGAGGAAAAUGGUGA